AUGCCUUCUACUCGAGAAAGGAGAUGGUGGACUAGUCAGGAAGAUGAAAUCUUGAAGAGUGCGGUGCAAGCGCAAUCAUGCCAAUAUGGAAACGUACAGAAUUGGAACGAUAUUGCCUCAUUGCUUAUCGGCCGCACCAACAAAGACUGCCGCAAGCGAUGGUCAAAAGUACAGGUCGACAUUCAAAAGGGUGUAUGGACACGGGAAGAAGAUGAGAGACUACAGCGUGCAGUGCAGCAGCUGGGGUUCAAAUGGUCUCGCGUGGCCACCAUGAUGCAGUGUCGCAAUGCAGACCAGUGUGCAAAACGCUGGCAGCAAACGCUGAGGCCUGGCCUGAAGCAUACUUCGUGGACCACGGAAGAUGAUGAAAUACUGUUGGCGGCCAUUAAAACACACGACAACAAUUGGAAGCAGAUUAGCCUCUCAGUUUUCCCAGACCGUUCCACUCACGACAUACGAAAUCGGAGCCUUCUUCUUGGCCGCAGGAGCCGAAAUACAAGUGCCACGGAACACAUACCCACGCAACUGCAGACCCCAAGUUCAGAUGGAGAUGAAAUGGCCUUAUGCAGAGACGGUACUGCCUACGACGAGACCCAUGACGGCACCCCCGAGGCCACAUACAUUGAUGCCCGAGACAUGCUGGUCGACCCAGAUCUCAGGGUUGAAUUCUCCAGUGACUCUAGUUUUCAACACACUCAUGAGUUUCCUAUGAUACCGAAUAGCGCAAAUACCAUAUUGGAUCAAAGCUGGUUUGGGUGUGCGACAAACAUGCAGAAUCAACAGGGUCUGUCGGUACCACACAACGACUGCCUUUCUUGGAGCGAUCCGUUUCAGGUGUCAUCCUUGACCUCGUCUGGGUCCCAGUUUCCAUGGUGGGAAAACGGUACUGCGGAUCAUCACGGCUUUCCCAGCUCGGUAUCUUCUCAUGCUGCAGUCUGUGAAGUUGGCGGGAAAGCUGAAGAUAUCAGUAGUAUGGGCGGACCAGGGGCGUAUGUCGAUGCGAGUAUAGAAAUGCAGGGCGGUGAUGCCGUUUUGGAGAACGAGCGGAAGGGGAGUGUCAUCCUGACAUUAAAUGAAGUAGACCCAACUGUGGCCCACGAGAUCAUCGGCAGCAUACUCAAGCACAGCGCGGGUCUCAGAGUUCGAUACGUCUUCAACGGGAAAUGA